AUGAAAAGCCUCCGUGUCACAUCACAUUACGAUGUGUCCUCUGAAGUGUUCGCCCAGGUGAUCAAGAAAUUCCCUCUGCUCGAGGUGCUCGAGCUCGUGCUCAUCAAACCUGUCGCCUGCAACUACGCAACCAUGUCAGGACAACCACCUACCAACUCCUGGGCGGAGCUGUUCCAAUCCGCUUGUGAAGCUUGCAGCCAUCUGCACAAUUUCACCGUGCGCCGUGCCAGCAAAGUGUCAGGCUUAUUAGCCUAUCUAAGGGAACGCAGCAGCCCAACACCUUUCUCGAUCCCAGUGAUGCACGGCCUACACUCCCUCGAGCUCUCUGAUGGCAGCUUCACCAAGGAUGUGGUCAUGCAGAUUGUGGACAAAUGCCCUAGCCUGGAGUCUCUCGACAUCAGCGACGUGCCGAUAUACCGAUGGGAUGAAGAGCUGGGGAACAAAUGCUCUAGGAUAAAGGAUCUCAGACUUCAAGAUUCGUGUUAUUAUUAUGACGACGACAUUGAUGUCUCAUGA